AGCUUUUCACAAACCAUUCAGAAAAGAACACGUCAGCAGAAAGGAAAACCAGUCGGUCGAUAUUGCAAAGGUGGAUGAGGAAAUUGCGUGAGACAGAGCCAGAAAACACCGAAUCGGUGGCGAUGAAGAGGUUGAAACCAUCAGAGCGUCCGAGAAGCGCAGUCGAAGCCCACAAGACGAUCUAAGUUGAACAACACUCAGCGGAAGUUCGCAUAUACGAUGCAAAUCUAAGUGGAAAAGCGCUUUCCACAGUUGCCCCAGCACACAGCAGUUUAUUAUUUCGCCCCAAUCAGUUAGCAAUGGCACCCACAGCAAAUGCAGUGCUGAUAGCCGUGCCGCGGACAGCAAUCACAUCGAAUAAUCUGCCCAAACUGCGCCCCGCCCCCCUCACAGCGGCCCUGCUCAAGGCGGCGGCCACGCCCUCCGCCUCGCCCACACCCUCGAGCUCGGGCUACGCGUCCUCGUCGAACAUGGAUGACGACAAUCUGGCUUCAUCAGCGCCCAAGGCCAAGAAGCGUCGCCUGGACCAUCUCACCUGGGAGGAGAAAGUGCAGAGAAAGAAGCUAAAGAACCGAGUAGCCGCCCAAACAUCGCGCGACCGCAAGAAGGCGCGCAUGGAGGAGAUGGACUACGAGAUCAAGGAACUUAAUGACAAAACGGAAAUACUACAAAACAAAUGCGAUAGCCUACAGGCCAUCAACGAGUCUCUGCUGGCCAAGAACCACAAGCUGGAUUCGGAGCUGGAGCUCCUGCGCCAGGAACUCGCCGAACUUAAGCAACAGCAGCAGCAGCAGCAAUGCAACACCCAAAGCAUCAGCCAAUCCAACGCCAGCGCAGGCGCUGAGGGCUGUGCGUCCACCAACCUUGGAUGCAGCAUCCAAAGCUGACCCUCUGCCGCAGGGUAUACAACAGGUGGACACACAGUCGUCAGCGCGUCUGCUGGCGGAUCAGCUGAAGAGCAGCCGGAGCAUGGCCUCUCUCUGGAAGGUUGUGGCCCUCUGCCUACUCUACAAGACAUGCUUGGCGACGACGAAGAGUUCGACGUCAAACGCCUCGAGGAGUUGGCCGAAAGUCUGCUCGCAGAUAUCACAGCAGACCUGGAGACAGGCGCUGAAGAGGGCGGCCCAGUUGCUGCCCAAGAUGCAGGCGACGCAGAGCGAUUGCCUGGACCAGUGGUGGGGUCCGCAGCAGAGCGCCUGGAAUCCGGCGGGCAUAGAGCUGAUGGCUUGAAGCAGGAGCCGGAGCAAAUGCACAAAAUCAGCCUGAAUGUGCAGAUGUUGGAUAUGGAUGGAAACCCACAGCUAGAAGCAACAUCGUCAGCCUCGACGACAGCCACAAUCACAGCGACAGCGACCGCCUCCUUUCUACAGGCCACUCCGGACACAGUGUACGGAACGUACGAUGCCAAGACCAACUCGAUCACCAUCGUGAUGGACGGUGAUGCGGUGCCGGUGAAUGAGGCCGUUGAGGAGAUCUACUGUGACGGCGUCACCGCUGGCGACGACUCCACGGACGUGAUCAUGAAGUGUCCGCCGCCAGCGACGUCGCCGUCGCAGGUCUACCUAAACAUGGUGAACGCCACCGACGAUUCAGACGACGAGAGCAAUUUCGAUCACAUCAAUCCGUUUCUCCGUCCGCGCGUCAAGGCGAUAUCCCCGCUGGCCAAAUCACCCGCAUUGUCCCUCCAUUCGGCCACCUCGGACCACGGGUACGAGUCCAUACUGGGCUCACCCAUGUCGGUGUUGACUCUGCCCACCGAAGAGGAGGAUUUCCCCUGGGAGAGCAACUUCGAGGAACUGUUCCCCAGUUUGAUCUAGGUUGGAUUCACAACGCAUUUCUGUCUCUCUGUUCUACUGUUAAGUUUGGCUGGCCGCCGUAUGUUUUAAGUUUUGUUAGUUGAUAGGCUGUACAGAAAUUCGUAAUCGAAGGCUUUAUAUACAUAUGAUAUUGUUUUAGAGGCGCUAAGUUUAGCUGUAGGUUUCCAUUUAUGUUUAACAAUCUCUAACCACAUAGGCUUACGUUAACUUAUAUUGUGCUCAAAGAAUUUGCGAAAACAUUCGAAAAAAAAAUAAUAUAUUCAAAAUACAAACCAAACCAAACCACAA